AUGCCGGGUUUGGUGUGGCAGCUGUUUGCCUUCAAUCUGGUGUUCACGCCUGAGUGGGUCCGUGGGUUUACCUGCACUCGGGGUUUGUCAUGUGAGGAUUGUGUGUGUGACUUUACUGACAACUGUGGAGAUGGUAUCAAUGAGGAAAACUGCCCUGGAUAUAAGAGGUGUAACUUUGAGGUGGGAUUCUGUGAAUUCACUCAAAGCUCGGAGACGUUUUCUGAAUGGACCAGAACAAAUGAAGUCCCCGGACUCGAUCAUGACCACACCAACAACACAGCGUACUUCCUGUCUUUGUUACCUGUUGGAGGAAACAGAACCACAGCAGACCUGAGCGGCCCUGUAUUCCAGCCCAGUCAGACUUGUCAGAUGAGUUUCUAUUAUUACGUUGCGGCGGCACAUGGAGAUCUGCAGGUCCUGGUUCAAGCUCAUCCUCUGGCUCAGAGCACGGUGUUGUGGAAACACUCACAACAACCACAGACGGAAACAUGGCAGCCGACCAUGAUUCACUUUGCCAGCAAUCACAGUUUUCAGGUUGUUGUUCGUGGGGAGUUUUCAGCCGACAGUGAAGUCUCUGAGGUCCUGGCCAUCGACGACCUAUCCUUCAGUCCCGGCUGUCUGACUGUGACCGAGAGCAGUCUGCCCCCUCCCACCGCUUGCCCUCCCUCGUGGUUUGCCUGUGGUGGUGGGAAUUGCAUCAAGAAUAGCAAAGUGUGCGAUUUCACCCCAGACUGUCCCCACGGAGAGGAUGAAGCCAGCUGCCCCUCUGUGUGUGAUUUUGAGGACGGGUCCUGCGGCUGGUACGAGCUCACUCUUGGCGAUGGCUUUGACUGGGUCAGGGGGUCAUCUGUGGAGGUGCCGUCUGACUACUACAACCACCCACCGCCUUUGGACCACUCCACAAACAGCACCAAAG